AUGGCUAAGAAGGAUAAGAAACCAAAGGUUAACACUAUUGUUACCAAGGACGGUGAGUCUCUGAAGGUGUUCGAGGACCUCAAUGACUUCGAGAUGUUCAUCAAGAACGAGACCGAGGACGAGGAGUUCGACCACAUCCACUGCAAGCUGACUUACUACCCGCCAUUUGUGCUGCACGAGUCCCACGACGACCCCGAGAAGAUCAAGGACACCAACAACUCCCACAACAAGAAGUUCGUGAGACACUUGCACCAGCACGUCGAGAAGCACUUGCUCAAGGACAUCAAGGAGGCCCUCCACAAGCCAGAGCUGAAGUUCCACGACAAGUCCAAGGACGAGACCUUCGAGCACAUUGUGUGGCACUACGGCGAAGAGACCGAGUACCACGACAGGAAGUUCAGGAUCCAGGUCACCGUGACUUGCAACCACGACGACGCUAUGGUCGACGUCGACUACAAGACCAUCCCUUUGUAA